UGGUAGAAAUAAUAAAACAACACAUGGGUAGAAAUAAUUUGUUUACGACCAGCAAUAUAUUUCAUGAAUGACACAUUUUCUCAGUCGUAUUACUGCUAAAAAAUAAAUUCCGAUAAUGGUGGACCGCUUAGUGAAUAGUGAGGCAAAUGCUAGGAGAAUUGCAAUGGUGGAAAGCUGCUUCGGCAGCUCGGGACAGCCUCUGGCAGAACAAGGCAGAGUCCUUGUGGGAGAGGGUGUCUUGACUAAAAUGUGUCGCAAGAAACCCAAGGCUCGGCAGUUUUUCCUUUUCAACGACAUAUUGGUGUACGGUAAUAUUGUCAUAAACAAGAAGAAAUAUAACAAGCAACAUGUCAUUCCAUUAGAAGAGGUCAAAUUAGAAUCACUCAAGGAUGAAGGGCAAUACCGAAAUGGCUGGUUGAUACGCACUGCCUCCAAAUCGUUUGCUGUUUACGCCGCUACUGCCACUGAAAAAGAAGAAUGGAUGGCACACAUAGAGAAGUGUAUAGAAGACUUGUUAAGGAAGAGUGGCAAACAACCACCAUCAGAGCAUGCAGCUGUGUGGGUUCCAGACAAUGAAGCUGCUAUUUGUAUGCACUGCAAGAAGACACAGUUCACAGUGCUCAAUAGAAGACACCACUGCCGCAAGUGCGGGUCGGUGGUGUGCGGGCCGUGUUCGUCGAAGCGCUACAUCCUGCGCGGACAGAGCGACAAGCCGCUGCGCGUGUGCCUGCAGUGCUACGACGAGCUGAACCGCGAGCGCGCGCGCCCCAACCUGCCGCCCACCGCCAACACCACGCCAGUGAAAACAGACGCGGCGGGCUCGGGCGGCGACUCGUCCGCCGAUGAAGACAGCGACGACGACGACGACCGCGUCAACGCAGAGGAGAAACACGAUGAGGUACCAGGUUUGGCCAUCUAUGAGACAGAAUGGGUGGGUAACUAUCGAAAGGUGCGAACGGAUCUAUAACCAAACCAGUAGCCAAAGUUCUACGGUGACAGUGAUAAGACUGAAGAGACCAACAAUCAUUCGUCCAAGGAUUCCACCAAGUGAAACCCCGCUGUAGCAACGUCGAGACGACUCCCAAACACUUCCAUUGGAUUAAAUCUAUCAAAUUCCCGUGUCGAGUCUCGACAAACUUUUCACCGAUAUGGCCUUCGAAAUUUUUUACACUAGAUAGAAUGUGCUAGAGUCUACUAUAAAAUAGGCGAACGCCUGGCGACAUGUUUAGAUAAAUAUAAAGCGGAAUGUCAAUUUUUUUGUUUUUAAACGGAUUCCAGUAUUGGUUUGCUGAACAGCUUUAAAAUUCGCUCAAAUGUGAACUGACGAUGCAAGUUUUCAUUGUUUAGUUAAACGUAUUUAUUUAUCGAUAGUAAGCAAAAAUUAUCACGGUUCUAACAGUUUUGGAAGUUAGUUUUUAGUUUUAAAGUUAUGUCUGUCAAUGCAUAUUUAAUAUACGUUUAGCAUAUUUUAUUGUAAACAUUAUAGUUAUAUUUUGCUAUUUCAAAUGUUAUUAGAUCGGUUUACAAAUGACGUGGAUCAUUCGACAUUAAUUAACGACAUAAUAUUCCAUAAACGUAAUGAGAGAACGUAACAGCACUAACAUGUCCCCUGCAUCACAUUAACUCACGUCAUUUGUAGUCCGUUUUACUAUUAUAUGUAUAUUAGAAUUUUUUAGACAAUAAGUGGUGCAUUGAAUAAAUUACUAAUUGUUUCGUUCGGAAACGUGAGUAUUUAAGUUAUAGAUUUAAUUGUAAUUGCUUCCUUUCCGAUACUGUUUAGUAAAUAUGUGCAGUCCAAAUAUCAAUGGGUCGAUUUAUUUAUUACGUACGUAACGGGCCUAAGUGUUAAAAGUUGCGCAGACCUUGUGUUAAAUCGAUAAUUAUUUCUAAGCGAUUUAUAUGUUAAGAUAUUGUUUAAUAUUCAGUUGACAAAUAUACUAUGAUAUUUUUUACA